AUGGAGGACAAAGUCAUGGCUGUCAUUGCGAAUCUGUGCAAAUCGGCGGAGGGACGGCAGUCAGUGCACACGGAGGGCGGCAUCGCCGCCAUGGUGGACGUGAUCGACGGCGGAUCGUCGCGCGCGAAGGAGGACGCGGCGGUGGCGUUGCACCUGCUGGCGACGAACAGCGAGGCGUCGUUCCAGCUGCUGCUGGAGGAGGGAGCCAUGCCCGCGCUGGUGAAGCUCGCGCAGUCGGGCUCCGGGCGCGGCAAGGCCAAGGGACUAGGAAGUGAAUUGCAAGAAGAGUGA